AUGUUUCACUUGGCGCGAAGGCAGAUAGCUACAGCUACUCGGAGCUGGCCGCGGGGUCUGUCGGGGUUGUUCCUCCAUCGAUAUUUUGCUGGGAAGUCUAUCAAUAACAUCGCCGCGUGCAACGAUUGUCCGCAGUCUGAAGGGUUAUUCAGAUCAAAGCUUGUCCAUACCAAAUCAUACCACACCACAAUGCCUCAAGCCGGACUCAGCGGCUCGCAGACCGUGCAGCAGUCGAAGCAACACGAGGCUGUACGCAACUUUGUUUCUGGCGCGACCGGCCUGGAGGCUGCACUCGAAAAGUUCUGUGGGCCUGCUGAGAGCGAGUGGAAGUCGUCAAAAGAUGCUGAAGAGGUGGAAGAGCAUUUGAAAAUAAGCUGGCAGUCCAUUGUCGCUGCAGCUGCCACCACAUCGUUUACAGAGGCCUCACAGCAAAAGCUCGUGGAUUUCGUGAUGACCCUACAAGAGAGGUCUGACGUGGAAAAGGAUGGCCAAGCUUGUCAAGUGCAGGGUAUGACAAUGUGGAAAGACCUUCCGACGUUCGGCUGGCAGAUACGUGAUGCUUGGAACUUUGAUCCAGACGAGAGUAGUGAUCAGUCCAGCAAGGACCAAUGGAUCAACCUGAAUGCAUUUGCAGCCUCGUUGGUAGCAUCUGCACACUCGCAGACCGACGACACGCCCGAUCUUACGCUAUUCGGCCUCUGGACGAUUCGAUCGGCUCUGGAAGAGCCCAAGGCGACAGACGUAGCAGUUGCUGCAGCCUCUGCUUGGUUUGUCUUCGCUGCGCCGACCAUAGCAGACCUCUGUGGCGAAGAGAGGGAGUACGAGGGCAAAGUCGCAAAGCCAGGAUCCGAGCACAGCGGCCAGAACUGGACAGGAUAUUCGACAGGUAGGUGGCAGGCAUGGCAGCAAAGGCUGGAGAAUCUGAAGAGCACGGUGUCAGAUGGCACAGCUAAGCAGCUGGUUGAGCAGGCUGUAGAGGCUGUUGGCGAGGUGCAGUAG